GAACUCAGGGAUCCAGAUCCCAAAUACAUCAGCUUUGGUCCCACAGGAGCUUCCGUAGCCGUCAUGGCGUCGCUUAUAGAAGCAGCGUUUGCUGUUGUACUAAUAUUUUUGUUUUUUAUUAUGCGGUUAUAUUAUGUUGUAAAGACUGGAUCAACACAUAAACCCGGAACUAAAGGUCCGGUCGCUGUUCUCAUCGUUGCAGGAUCAGGUGGUCACACGUCAGAGAUCCUGAGGCUGAUGGAGAGCCUGUCUGCAGCCUACACACCUCGACACUAUGUUAUCGCCGACACUGACAAGAUGAGUGAGGAGAAAAUCUGCACCUUUGAAAGCUCAAAACAACACUCAGACUCUGAGCCACAGUUCACCAUCUGUCGGAUCCCACGGAGCCGGGAGGUGCAUCAGUCUUGGAGUUCCUCUGUUAUCAGCACCCUGGCAGCCCUGCGGUACUCCCUGCCUCUGGUGUUCACACUCAGACCUGACGUGGUGCUGUGUAACGGCCCCGGGACCUGCGUCCCCCUGUGUGCGGCAGGACUCCUGCUUGGAAUUCUGGGAUUGAAGAAAGUCCUGAUAGUUUAUGUUGAAAGCAUUUGCCGGGUGCAGUCGCUGUCGCUCACGGGGAAGAUCCUGUACCCAAUAUCAGACUAUUUCUUUGUGCAGUGGUCCUCUCUGAGGGACAAAUACCCCAAAUCCAUUUUCCUUGGAAGAAUAGUGUGAAAACAUAUGUUCCAUGUAUAUACUAACGUCGGAUGAAAUGUAUUGUAAUGCUCAUGAAUAAAUGUUUCUGUGGUUUUUAAUGGGACAUACAUCUGCGUGUACUGGAAACGUACAGUUUGGUAAAUAAGAUGUGAACCAAGAAUGAUCAACUCUUCUUACAUUAUUAGACUAAAUUGUUCCCCCCCCCAAAUUCACUAAGGAAUGCAAGACCGAACUGCUUCUCCUUUGUUUCACCGGGUGAGUCCAUUAAAGGGGGAUUGUUUUAAAUGUU